AUGGAUCGAGAGCAAGAAGAGAUGCAGUUCCUUGGCUUCUUCGGCAUCUACACCGAGUCCUACAAGGUCAUCUCCUCGUUGAGGAAAAUCUUCACCCAAAUCACCUUGUCCCUCAUCCUCCCUCUCGCCUUCGUCUUCCUCCUCCACAUCGAGGUCUCCAACGUCCUCUUCUCGAAGAUCAUCCACGACGAGAUCGAGCUCGACUACACCCGCCCCGAGACCCCCCGCUCCGACCGGAUCUCCGCCCACCUCUCCAAGGAGUGGGCCGUCUUCCUGCUCUUCAAGGCCCUCUACUUCACCGCCCUGCUCGUGUUCUCCCUCCUCUCGACCUCCGCCGUCGUCUACGCCAUCGCGUGCGCCUACACCGGCCGCGAGGUCUCGUUCGGGAAGGUCCUGAGCGUGGUCCCCAGGGUGUGGAGGCGGCUGAUGGCCACCUUCCUCUGCAUCUUUGUGGUCAUGUUCGCGUACAACGUGGUCGCGGUGCUGGUCCUGGUCACGUGCGCCAUCUUCGUCGGCAACACGAGCUUCGGCAUCGCGAUCUUGGUCCUCCUAGGGAUCGCGUACGUGGUGGGGUUCGUGUAUAUGACCAUAGUGUGGCAAUUGGCGAGCGUGGUCUCGGUCCUGGAGGAGGAUUACGGGGUGAAGGCCAUGAUGAAGAGCAAGGAGCUGAUAAGGGGCAAGAUGGUCGUGUCCAUAAUCAUAUUCUUCAAGCUCAACUCAUCGCUUCAUCUGAUUCUAUACGCGUUCCAGAGGUUGGUCGUCCAUGGGCGCUCGGCGGCGACGCUCGACAGGUUCGGCUACGGAGCUCUGUGCUUCGUGCUCCUGUCCGUGCUGAUGCUGUUCGGGCUCGUCGUCCAGACGGUGAUCUACUUCGUCUGCAAGUCGUACCACCACGAGAACAUCGACAAGUCGGCGCUGUCGGACCAUCUCGAAGUCUAUCUCGGAGAAUACGUCCCUCUCAAAUCCAAGGAUGUUCAGCUUGAGCAAUACGACGUUUGA